AUGUCAGAUUAUUCAAGAUCUUCACCUUCAAGAAGACGUUCGCCAUCUCCUAGAAGACGUUCACCAUCUCCUAGAAGACGUUCGCCAUCUCCUAGAAGACGCUCACCCUUAUCACGAGAUCGUAAUUAUUCACGAGAAAGAGAUAAUCAUGGUAGAGAUCGUUCACCGAGAAGAUAUCGUUCAAGAUCAAGAGAAGCCAGAUAUCGUGAUAGAAAUAGGUCACCGGAUAGAUACAGACAGGAUCAACGAAUUAUUGAAAUAAAUGGAAUUCGAAUUCGACCUGAAGAAAGUUAUUCUGAAUUCCGUAUAAGAGUAAGAAAUGAAUCAACGCAAACAAUUUGGGCACCAUCCCCAGAACGUGCUCGAUCUUUAACACCUGAAGAACCACGAAAAUCAAAAAAACAUACUAAACAAGAUGAUAGUGAUGAUAGUAUUACUGAUUCAGAUUCAGAAGAUGAUAGACACCGCCGACAUCGUCAUCGUAAAUCGAGCAGAAAGAGUAAAAAAAGCAGUAGACAUAAAAGUAGUAGCAGACAUAAUAGUAGUAGAAGUAGUAGUCGAAAGCAUCGACAUCGUUCAAGCAGCCAUCGAAGUAAAAAGAGAAGAUAUUCGUCUGAUGAAAGUUCAAGUUCAACAUCUGAAAGCGAUUCUGAAAAAGAUAAAAAAGCAUCUGCUACAGACGACAAAUCCAUUAUGGAAGUUGAUCAAUCUCAUUUAGAUCAAGUUAAAGAUCUAUGGGUAGAGAAACAAGUUAAUAUUCCUGAGGAUUUAGCACCUGUUGGGCCUGUCCCAUUAACUGAAAAUGAGACUCGAGACGAAAGAGCUUAUGGUAGUGCUUUACUUCCUGGUGAAGGUUCAGCUAUGGCAGCUUACGUACAACAGGGCAAACGUAUUCCUCGACGUGGUGAAAUCGGUUUAUCUGGUGAUCAGAUUGCUGAAUUUGAAAAAGCUGGUUAUGUUAUGAGUGGUAGCAGACAUCAUCGUAUGAAUGCUGUUCGUCUUCGUAAAGAAAACCAAGUUAUUUCAGCAGAAGAAAAACGUCUUGUAUUACAGCAUGCACAAGAGCAAAAAAUGAAACGUGAAAAUGAAAUCAUUUCUGGUUUUAGAGAGAUUCUUAGUGAUAAGUUCAAGAAAGAAGAUCAUUAAAUAAAGAAAAAAAAAUAAUCUUCCCAAUUGUAUCCAAUAAGAAUAAAGAAGCUGACAUCAAAAUAAAAAUAAAAAGUGUAUUUUUGCUAUUGAGGCU